AUGAGUAUUACUGAAGUAUUUGGAGAAUUUAGAUGUGGAAAAACCCAGUUGUGCCACACCCUAUGCGUUGCUGCACAACUUCCAAGAGAUAUGGGAGGAGCAGAGGGUCGAGUAGCAUAUAUUGAUACAGAAGGUACAUUCCGUCCUGAUCGUAUUAGAUCAAUUGCAGAAAGAUAUGGAGUUGAUCCUGAUACUUGUUUAGAAAACAUUUCCUAUGCUAGAGCACUUAAUAGUGAACACCAAAUUGAACUAGUUGAACAAUUAGGUCACGAAUUUGCAGAAGGUACAUUCAGGCUUUUGAUUGUUGAUUCGAUUAUGGCUUGUUUUAGAGUUGAUUUUUCUGGGAGAGGGGAAUUAAAUGAACGUCAACAGAAAUUAAACCAGCACUUGUCAAACUUAACAAGAGUUGCUGAAGAUUAUAAUAUAGCUGUUUUCUUAACCAAUCAAGUUCAAUCAGACCCUGGUGCAAGUUCUUUGUUCGCUGCUGCUGACGGAAGAAAGCCAGUUGGCGGUCACGUAUUAGCUCAUGCAUCAGCUACAAGAAUUUUGUUAAGAAAAGGAAGAGGAGAAGAAAGAGUAGCCAAAUUGCAAGACAGCCCAAAUAUGCCUGAGAAAGAAUGUGUUUAUGUUAUUGGUAAUGGAGGUAUUAGAGAUAGUACCGAUUAA